CUCCAAAUAGCCUCUGGUAGUUUCCGGUAGUCUAAGUCGCUGCCCUUCUGAGCCCACUUCGGGGGCAGUCUCGUCACCAAUUGGAAACGCCUAGGAUGGCGACCUUCAUUCCAGGAUGGUGACAUUGAUACCACUCCACCUAUCCACCAUCCACCCAGAGAGCAUUGACAGCAGGAUUCAGAUUUAGACGAGUACGGAGGGACUCGCGUACGGAGUACUCGUACCAUAGUUUUGAUAUAAAACCUGAGGGCCCCGCACCACCGUUUGCGUUUGUAUUGAAAAGUAGAAGCCGAGUCUGAUGCAAACAAAAAGUGCCGCGUUCUUUAUAGACGAGAGUUGGAAGACUGAACAAAGAAACGACAGCGCUAGAAGGAUCAGGUGACAGACUGACUUUAUUUGUUGGCAAAGACCAGCACCAAGACAACGCCUCUCCUCACAACUACAACACUCCCUAUAGCUACCUCGACACACCAAAAAGCCAUCCAACGCUCAACACCAAAGAGUUCUCGAAAUAAUUACCAUACGAAAGACCAGAAAAAAACGAAAACACCGUCAUAGGCAAGAUCGACAUCGACUAUUCUGCCCGUGCCGAAACCUCGGCUGACUGAUUCGGCCGCAAGUUAGUACUUACCUGAUUUGUUGCAGCGGUUGGCUGCACCCAGUUCCAGUUAGUGAAAGAUGCCCCACAAAGUCGUUGCGCCGUUCGCCUUCUUGCGCUCUCUCUCAGGAAUUUCCCCAGAAGUACAAGAGGCGAAGAAGCCCCAGAGUCAGAGGCGGCUCUCGAACUCUCAGUCUCCUUCACGCCCGACCAUUUCUGAUCGCACCAAUUCCAAUAUUUCGGUACAGAUGAUGAUGGAUCGAAGCGUCAAGAUACUCGCCGAGACGCGCAGGGAUGGUGUCGCACACAAGCGACUCUCCUUCCCCCGCAUGCACUCGCCCAAGACCAACAACAGAAACUCCCUACAAAGCCACCAUGCCAGCUUGGAUGCGGUCAUUGAAUCGCCACCUCUGGUAUUUUAUGGCCCGGCCGCAUCAAGCACUGGUGCGCUACUUUCGGGAAUCCUAAAAUUGCACAUCAAUGAGGAUUUCAUGGCCGUGGAGUCAUUCAAGAUGGUGUUGGAAUUGCAAGUCGGACGAAAGAAGCCGUUCCAUGCUCACUGUCAAGAUUGCUUGCACCAAGCCACCGAGCUAACUUCUUGGAACUUCCUCCAAGGCCCGGCAACUCUGAAGCGAGGUAAGACAACCUACAACUUUUCAAGCCACCCGUUUACUAACAAUACCUCGCAGGUGAGCAUGACUUUCCAUGGAGUUUCCUGCUCCCAGGCCACCUCCCCGCGACUAUGAAGGCUGCGCUCUCUUCCAUCGACUAUGUCUUGAAAGCGGUCGUGGUACCCAAAACUGGAGAGUCUUUCAAACUGUCUCGCCAACUCGACGUCAAGCGGGCGAUUUACCCCUCCCUCGAGCCCCGCCACAGCAUCAGAAUAUUCCCUCCAACCAAUUUGACUGCAAAAUGUCUCCUACCAAAUGUUAUUCACCCAAUUGGCGAAUCCACCAUGACGAUGAAGAUGGACGGAAUCGUCAAGCGAAACGCGGAUACAAAGUCGCAGACACAGUGGAAGUUGAAGCGUCUGACAUGGCGUCUGGACGAAACUCAGAAGCAGAUUUCGCCGGCGUGCCCCAAGCACGCUUUGAAGACAGGUGCAGGUGAAGGAGCGAAGAAGGGUGUCCCGCACCAAGAUACUCGUUCAAUUGGCUCUGCCGAGCUCAAGUCAGGCUGGAAGGCAGAUUAUUCUUCGACAGAUGGAGAGAUUGAGUUCGAGUUUCCAUUUGGAAUUCGUCCAGAUGCAAAUCCUACUUGCGACAUGAAGACCGAGGAUGGAACGGAGAUAUCGCAUGUCUUGGUGGUUGAGAUGAUUGUUGCUGAGGAGUUUGCGCCUCUCAAGAAGCCAAAUCAGAUCACCCCAACAGGAGCAGCUCGGGUUCUCAGAAUGCAUUUCAACGUCACAGUUACCGAGAGAGCAGGUCUUGGCAUCUCGUGGGACGAAGAGUCUCCACCACUCUACCAAAACGUUCCUGUCAGCCCUCCGGCAUACGCAAAUGCAGAUCUUUACGAAGGAGGACCAAUUCCCGAUUACGAUGAUUUACUUCCACUCGAUUCAUCUUCUCUUGACAAUUCGCCAGCUGUCUCUCUCCGCAAUAUCUUGGGAUCUUCCGGAUCACGACCUUCAACAAGAUCCGCAUCAAGACCUACAUCCUCCGAACCCUGACUCUUAUCAAAAUAACAUUCUAGCAUUUCUUGGACCCCAAAUCUUCUUUUCUUUUGUUUUCAUUUCAUUUCCUCUCUGUAUAUUUUCUUUUUACUUUUACAUAAAAUGGGAGGCAUGAAGCAUGGUUUUUCCAGGGCAAGCGGAACAUUCCUCGGUCGCAUUUGGUGGGGAAAAUUAUACCCUCUGAGAUAUACAUCAGAUUGUUUUUGGGGCAUUUUGGGAUGGCGCAAAAUGGGGUGACGGGGGAAAAACAAAAAAAGUGAUUUGGGAACUCUACUAUCUGGGAAGCAUGGCGCAGCGGGAACUUAUGAACAAUUUUGGGAAGGAAUGGGCAUUUGCAUGUUAUGCAUGUACUAUGUAUGGUACAGGUACAGGUACAUAACACUUUGAAGCUAGCUAGCAGCGUUUUGGAAGACAUCCGAUAUAUAAUUGCCUAAUUGUAAUUUUUUCGAUGAAUAUCAUUUCAAAUCCGAAUAAAAAUAUAAGAAAAUAAACAAAC